UCAUCACCCUGAUUGUGUAAAUCAAUGUGUGAAAAAGUAUUUUUCAUGUUGUCGGUGACUGGUUUAUGGAAACUCAUUCAAAGUUGUUGAAAUUUCCUGUUUAUGAGAACUGACGCUGACGGCGAAUAGAUGGGAGGGGUCGAGAGAGGACGGUGAUGCUGUAUAAUAAGAGGUUUGUUAUGUUCAGGUGCAAAAGCUGAGAAGAAGAACAGAAGCACACAUUACCACAAACUCAACACACACCCUGCGUGGAGUACAGGAUUUACAUGAGAUAUGUUUCUUCUCAUUUCAGUGACCCUGCUCUUCUCAGUAGUAUGUGGUAUAGGAGCAUAUAUUCCUCAUCGCUAUCACUUUGUGAAUGAGAAUAAAACCUGGAGUGAAGCUCAGAAUUACUGCAGAGAGAAAUACACUGAUCUGGCCUCCAUCAACGACAUGGGAGAGAUGAUGAAGCUGAAUUACACACUGAAGAAGGAAACUGUAAAGAAAGCUUGGAUCGGUCUACAGAGAGAGGGCACUGGGAAAUGGCAGUGGUCUCUGGCAGACCAAACUUUCUAUAGAGACGGAGACACUUACAGAAACUGGAACAGUGGAGAACCAAACAACAACGGGGGAAAUGAGUUCUGUGUUAAUAUGCAGAAAAGCGAUGGUUUCUGGAGCGAUUACAGCUGUAAUAAUACAUUCUCUUUUGUGUGUUAUGAAGAGAGACUGGUCUUGAUUAAUCAGAGUCUGACCUGGUUGGAUGCUCUGAACUACUGCAGGAACCAUCAUUAUGACCUUGUCUCAGUGCGCUCUGAGGAGAUGCAGCUCUGGGUGAAGGAAGUGGUUCAAAACACCUCCACCGAACACGUGUGGCUCGGCCUGCGUCACGACUGCGUCCAGCGUAUCUGGUUCUGGGUUUUUGGAUCGAUGGUCUGCUACCAGGACUGGGCCCCGGGGAAUGGGACAUGGAAUGAAGACUGCAGCCAUGAGAGGAGAAGCGGAGCAGUGCAGUCUGGAGGAAAGCAGCAGUGGAUCGAACUGUCUGAGGGCUACAAACUCAACCUCAUCUGCUCUACCUAUGACGAUAUGUUUUAAUAACAUGAAGACUGAAGACAAGCUGUGGUCCUACAUCUGUAUCCAACAUCAGCAGAUCUACAGUACUGUCUCUUUUAUACUCUUGCUAUAAUGUAUCCUCUUUAUCCAGAUGUUUCAUUAUAUUUUUAAUAUUAUAUUCAGUAAAUUCCACUGUCUCCAUACAGCAUGACCUUUUCAUAUUCACAUAGUAUGUUACCUAUAUUAUACUUGCUUUUCUUAUUAAUAGAGGGUUUAGGGGCAAUUAUGGUGAAAUCUAUUUACUUGAUUUUAUACUACAGUGUGUUUGGUAUGCACAUUUCAUUGUUUUUCAUACACUUUGUCAGAAUAGGGAAAUAACACACUCAGGUAAUUUACACCCAUGCAGGAAGUUUAGAACACCUAGCCCCGCAAACAGUGAUGUUAAAAUGUUAUUAUUCAUGAUGGUGAUACAGGUGUCAUGUGAUACAUUUUUUUUUUGUGAAAUUCUCAUGUUUUCCUUUUUACAUGUUGACAAAUAGGUUCAUUAUUGAGAUUUGUGCAUAAUUACAUGGUGAUGGUUUCUAUACCUGGAAUUUCUGAGCACGUGUUUAUUAAUGUGUGAGAAUGUAGACUGUAAUGACUGAAGCCAGUUACAUUUCCUAUCAAAUAAAAUCAAUUUCAAGUAAGCAUUUUAGUGUAUCCCUGUGUUUCCUCUGUGUUACACUUCACAAACAUACACCCAAAUAUGAAGAUCUAAAGUUAGGCUCAG